CCAUAUCGGGAAAUAUGAUCAUUGUUUUUCAGUGAGGCGCCGAAUGUAAAUCUUGAGCGAAGUGAAAAUGAGAAACUGUUUAGACUUUAGAUGUCAGUCAAUCAGCUGAUGUGGUGGCGGUAGCGGCGCCAAUGUUGUGGGGGCAGCAGGCCUGAAAAGACUGCAGCUGCUCUGGCCAUGGCUGGUAGCGUCCUACAUACUCUCGUCGAAGUGUCUGAGCAUUUCCAAGAGGUGAUGAGGCUGGCUGCAGCAGAUGGUGUGCUGGACUCCUGGGGGCUGGAGUUGGUGCUUCAGAAUGUGGCACUCAAUCUACAAGAGGAUGACAACUUCCAUGGCAAUCUUCUGUUUGGCCUCCACUCCUUGUUGCUCCUCCUCGCCAGGAAACUUGCUGAGUUGGGACAUGAAGUUUUGGGUGAAGGUUGUGGUUGUGGUUGGGACACUUCCCACCUGCCAGAGUCUCAGCACACUGAUAUUCACCGCUACACCUCAGGAACAGUGGUGCGGUGGGUGAGGGGGGAGUGUUAUGUCCUUCUUGCUUCCACCUCCUCAGCAGGCACCACCACUACCUCCACAUCUUCCCCAUCUGCAGACCAGAAUCAGGAGCAGCAGCAGCACCACCAGGUAUACUCUGGUGAUUGUGCACAAGAGGAGGAAGAGUAUCAGGAUACCACUCCAGGUGAAGUUGUGUCCCCUGAAGAAGGUGCAGCUGUCAGUGGUGGGGACGAGGACCCUCAGUGCUACUCUGAGGAGGCUGAAUGUUGUGCAGCAUCACCAUUAGCUCAGAUUGAGGAUCCUUCCAGCAUGGAGCCAAUGCAGCAAGAUAGCAAGGGUGAGACGGAAGCAUGGCCAGGGUGCCAAGUUCACUCAUGCUUCUCCAAGAAGGAUGAGAAUGAUCCAGGACAGUGGCGACGAGGAGCCUGCAAGACCCACUGUAGACAGCAAGAAAUGGAGGAAGGACAACCCUCAAAAGAGGAAUCUCAGGGAAAAGUGGAAAAUGAAGAAGAGGAAGGGGAAGGGGAGGAGGAAGAGGAAGAACAACAACAACAAAUAAAAGAGGAGGAAGAGGAAGAUGAAGAAAAGGAAGAAACAGAACAAAUGGACCUUUGCUCCGAAGAUGAAGAAGAUGAUGAUGAGGAAAAGGUGCAGGAGUCAGAAGAAAUGAGUUGUAAUGAAGAUGAAGAAGGAAAAGAAGUUGGACAAAACACCUGGAAUAACCAAAACUGUAUUCUUGGCAUGGAAAUAGAUAUGAAGGAAUGCAAAGGAAGUGAAGUAGAGGAACAAGCAAAUAAAGGAGAGGCAGCUAAUGAAGCCAUCUUAAGCAACUAUCAAGCCAACACAGAUAAGGGAGGAGAGGAGUCUGAGACUGAAAAUAAUGAAAAAAAGAGAGAAGGAGAGAAGGAAAAGGAAACUGAUGGACAAAUGUACAGAAAUAGUAAGAAUGUGUAUAAAAAUAUCAAAGGUAGUGAAGACUAUAAUGAUAAAAGUACUUUGGAAACUUGUAGUGUUUCUAGUCCACCCACAGUAAAUGAUGUGCCAGGGGAAGAUGUGGCAGCUGCUGUAGUGAGUGAGGAAAGUUUAGAUGGGGACAGCAGCUGUACUUUGAUUAUCCAUGAAGAAGAUGACACCAGAGAUGAGGAGAGAAAGGAAGACACUGCAGAAAAUGUUAGUAAAGGUUUCAGAGAAGAUUGCUGGAAAAAAGAAGACUUUCAAGAAAGUAUCUUAAAGGAUGCCAUGCAAGUAAAGGAAAAUGAUAAUACCACUCAAGACAGUUGUAAGGAUUCUAACGUUGGAAAAGAAAGUAAAGAGGAAGUAAGAGACAAUACCAGUAAAAAGGAUUGUAUUGAGAGAAACUUUAGAGAAGAAAAUAUAUUAGACAGCUGCAAGAACACCACAGAAAGUAGCUGGAGGAAAGACCCCACCCUUGACAACUCCAAAGAAGGCUUGAGGGAAGACAACAACAUAGACAGCUACAAAAACACACAGGAAGACAAAUGGAAGGAAGACACCACCAUGAACAACAACAAGAACACACAGGAUAGCUGGAGGGAAGGCACCACUUUAGACAGCUACAGAAACACUCAAGAUAGUUGGAGGGAAGACACCACAAUAGGCAGCUUUAAAAACACUCAGGAAGAUGGAUGGAGGGAAAGCAACACUGUUGAAACCUGUAACACAACCCAAAAUUCACAAGUGACUAACAGCAACAACAGUAACAGUUGCAGUAAUCAGCCAGUCCUUCUCCCUCACAGCUUCAGCUUUCCACCAAAGGAGAAGUGCAAAAGUUCUGAUGUCUUUGGCCUCCAGAAUCCCCCCACUCAGUCCACCUUUCCUCAUGUUCCACCUCCCAUCCACACACAUUAUGAUGAAGAGGAGGAGGAAGAGGACGAUGAAGAUGACGACGAUGAUGAAGAGGAAGAAAGUGAUGAUGAUUCUAGCUCUGUUACAUCCAGUUCUUCCACCUCAUCAUCAUCUUCCUCAUCCUCUUCAUCUUCCAGUGAUGAUGAUGACAGAAUUAACUUCAAGCAGAGAGUGGAGAGAGCAGCUCAAGCUGCCAGAGAAGCUGAGGCAUCUGCUGCUGCUCGCUUGGCUUCAGCUGCCACCCUGGAGGACCGUAUGGGCUCUAGCAAGGACCAUGCACUGCAGAUGACUUCUCAGGUGGUCCUUCCCCAGCACCUUGAAGAGCAUGCCCAGCUAGGUCCCCAGGAUGACAAUGUGUCCAGCUCUGAGUCCUCCUCAGAUGAGAUGACCAGUGGAGAGGACCCUGGUGGAGGAGCAGGAGGAGGUGGUAGUGGUGGUGGUGCUGGUAGCAGUGGUGGUGGUGGUGUUGAUGGCAGUGGUGGCAGUAGUAAUGAUGGUGUUGGUGUUGGUGUUGAUGUGAGUGGUAAUAAUGGAGGUGGUGCAUCUGCUGUGGUGGUGACUGUUGCGCCUACUGCCACUGCAUUGGUGUAUGUGGAACCUUCCGAGCCCACACAAAUACCCUUGGUGCCUCCAUGCCCAGAGCCCCCUGAUGCCUCCCUCCACAGCACUCGGGACCCUGCUGAUCUUCAGGCAGCCCAAGGUUUGACUGACCUCCAGAGGGGUCAGAACCAGGGCUUGACAGCAUCUCAGUCUGGUGCUCCCCUCACCUGCACUGUUGUGAACCAAUUGCAGCAAAUGCCGACAGAAGUGCGGCGAGGGGGUGGCAGUAAAGGCCUGGAGUGUAUGGUGUGUGGCAAGGUAUUCAACAGGCUGCUUAAGCUGAAACAGCACCACCGCACCCACACUGGGGAGAGGCCUUGGGGCUGUACCAGCUGCAGUAAGACCUUCAGUAGGCCAUCCUACCUGCACAACCAUCGCCUCUCUUGCCACACACCUGCCCACCAACAACAGUUCUCUUGCUAUGUAUGUCAGCGAGGCUUUGGAUUGAAAAGCUCCCUGCAGGCCCACCUGGCAACUCAUGCCACCAACAAGCCUUUUACAUGUGAUAUUUGUGGCCAGACCUUUGCUCUGAAAUUUACCCGUGAUACUCACAAAGCCCAGCAUACAGGAAGUCGGCCAUGGGUGUGUAGUGUAUGUGGCCGUUCAUAUGUUACAAAGUACAAACUGCGUGCACAUAUGAAAGCACACACUGGGGAGUUGGUGUGCUCAUUUUGUGGCCGCCAGUUUACAUCACAGGAUUCCUUGGGACGACACCGACGACUGCAUGAAAACUCAGCAUCUAAGAAUUCCCAAAUGCUCCCCACAUGCUCUAUCUGCAACAAGAAAUUUGCAACACCUAGUCUACUUAAGAGGCAUAUAGCAAGUCAUGAGCGACAAAAUGCAGUCAAGUGUGGUGUGUGUUCCCAGGAAUUUGCUAAUCACCAACAGCUGACAGCACACCAGACUCGCCAGCACCAACAGCAUCCACACCGAAGCCAAGCUGUGCAUCAGUGUCCUGUGUGUAGCAAGGUUUAUGUGCAAGAAGUAUAUCUGACACGUCACAUGGCAACCCACACAACAUUCACCCAACAAAGUGCGCCUGGUCGUCCCUUACCAGCAACCAGCACCCAUCCUAAAGAAACAGUGGUAGUGGGACAGCCAAGUCCCAGUUUAAGCAACCUGCAGCAGGCUGGCACUUCUAUGUUCCAGCAGAGUCAGACCGAGCCUUCAUUAGAUACUAGAUUGGGCAGACAGGAUGGUUAUUUGACUGGAGCACAACAUCAAAUGGAGACUCAUCCCCAACAGCAUCUUUUACCAGACACAACAAGUGACCAGACUCAAACCCAACAAGUUUUUCUGAACUACAACACAGAAAUCUUGGAAGAAGCUGGGUUCAGUUCCACUCAAAACCAGGACUGAGGGAAAAGUUACGAUUGAUUUCAAAAGUCAUGAGCGACAAAAUGCAGUCAAGUGUGGUGUGUGUUCCCAGGAAUUUGCUAAUCACCAACAGCUGACAGCACACCAGACUCGCCAGCACCAACAGCAUCCACACCAAAGCCAAGCUGUGCAUCAGUGUCCUGUGUGUAGCAAGGUUUAUGUGCAAGAAGUAUAUCUGACACGUCACAUGGCAACCCACACAUUCACCCAACAAAGUGCGCCUGGUCGUCCCUUACCAGCAAUCAGCACCCAUCCUAAAGAAACAGUGGUAGUGGGACAGCCAAGUCCCAGUUUGAGCAACCUGCAGCAGGCUGGCACUUCUAUGUUCCAGCAGAGUCAGACCGAGCCUUCAUUAGACACUAGAUUGGGCAGACAGGAUGGUUAUUUGACUGGAGCACAACAUCAAAUGGAGACUUAUCCCCAACAGCAUCUUUUACCAGACACAACAAGUGACCAGACUCAAACCCAACAAGUUUUUCUGAACUACAACACAGAAAUCUUGGAAGAAGCUGGGUUCAAUUCCACUCAAAACCAGGACUGAGGGAAAAGUUACGAUUGAUUUCAAAGUAUGCCUUGGUCUUGGUUUAAUUAAAUCUGAUCAACUUUCACUAGCUACCCUUCCACUAUACCUACUUUUACUAGUUUCCUUCUAUACAGCCUUUCUUGCACACAUUUUUUAUGGAAACUUCUUCACAGCCUCACUCAUCCUUUCACUCAUCUCUCAUUAGCUGUCCUUCCACUAUACCUACGCACACCAUUCUACUUGUAUCCUCCUGCAUGUAUGUCACCCUAAAUUCGUUCCACAAUCUUGGCAAUCUCUCCUUUUGUACCUGGUUAAAUAAAUACUUCAGUCAUUUUGUCAAUCACAACCUCGCCACCAUUUUUAAACAUCAUACAGUAUCCUAUCUGACCCUGCCGCCUUCCCAUUCUUUUGUCUUUUGACACAUUUCUCCAGCUCCUCCCUGGUUAAAUACUUCAGUCAUUUUAUCAAUCACAACCUCGCCACCAUUUUUAAACCUCAUACAGUAUCCUAUCUGACCCUGCCGCCUUCCCAUUCUUUUGUCUUUUGACAUUUCUUCAGCUCCUCCCUACUGUUUGUCUUAUUCAGUUCAUCUGUAUUGUUCUUCUCCAGUGUCAUGUAUCCUUCUCUCACACCAAACACCUCACCUACACCAGCCACUUCUUCCUAGAAUUUUCCAAUUGCCUCCCCAAUUCCUUCCUUCCUGGUUAUAACUUCACAAUUCACUUUCAUACUUUCAACACCAACAUUUCCUGACAUUCUCAUCUCAAGAAGCAGCUCAAUUACCACUCACCUUCUAUCAGAGAUGGGAUACCAUGGCAGAGAUAUAGAAAUGAGAGGACUUGUGUAACAUUCCUUUAGUCAUCUAAUAUUGUGGUGUUCAUGGCAACCUGAAAAAGAAAUGGGAAUCAAAUACUGUGUGUGUGCCGAGCAUUGUGCUAUUUAUGCAUGCUUCCAGCCACUCAAUAAUAUCACAGUUUUAGACAGUCAAUAUUUAUAUGCAGUGUGGAAAAAGACCACUAACUACAUCCUAACAAUUCUCAACCUCCAGGAACAGUCAUGAACUCUAACUUGCUUCAGUCUAUCUAGAGUUGUAGUUAAUGUUGCCUCAAGUGGCCAGAUGAGGCUUUCAAUGUGACAGAUCCAGUUGGUUACAACCUUGUGUAGGUGCUAUGAAAAAAUUUCAUGGGUUGCAUCUCAUUAGAUGGUACAGCUGGUCAAAGAUGUGUUUAUGAGAAUCUGAGUCAAUUGUACAUAAAAUCAGCAACUGUUAAGUGCAAGUAGUGACCUUAAACUGUUAAAACUUUUUCACCAGAAAGAAAGAAAUUCAAUCUUAUUUGUAAAUAAGAGAUCUUCAAAUUUGUAUAUAUGUAUAUUUAUAAAAAUUACCACAAAACACUUUUGCCAGUACAUUUUCAUUUAAAAGCCUACCACACUUUUGUUAGUUCACGGUUAUGACAGUAAAGUUCACAGUACUC